AUGAGACUGUCAGCCCUAUCUAGUCCCGGGGCCGCGGCCACCGCGGUUCUGGCCCUUCUAUCCUCUGCAGACCUCGUCCUGGCCCGCCCCAGUCCUGAGCCAAAGGUUCCUGCACGUAUGAAAUGGACCAACCAGCGCGGCAAAAAGGUGGCCAGGACUGUCCUGAGGAACGUUCUCGAGGGACGCACCUUUACCAACUCCUUCGCGAUUGCUGCCUGCAGCACUUCUCAGGCCAAUGCCAUCUCGGCACCCUACGAUAAUGUUUGGGUUGGUCUUUCAGAUGCCGAAGCCGUUUCAGUUGUUGCAUGGCUCUUUGGCCAGGAGAGUCUCAACUUGACCGAAACGGAGGACGCCGGAGAAUGGGAUAAUACGGUGAUUUUGGUCGAGCUGCAGAUCCCCAAUAAGACAGACGUCUUGGCUCACAUUGAUGGCGGUGCAGCGGCCCCGGAGAGAUGGGCUCAUGUUAUUCUCGACUAUCGUGCUACCGAGGACCCCUACUACCAGGAUCUCUUGGUCGGUCCCCUGCCACUGAAUAGCGAAACUGUCACCAUCAAGCCUCUCGAGUAUCCCCUCACUCGCAAGACUGAGGGCAAGGUCCGCAACCUGGAGGCUAACUCUGAGACCAUCUAUUCUGAGUGGCUGUACAAGAUUGGUGCCGAAGUCGCCGACAUUACCCAGGACCUCUGGGGCGCUCAGGCGACGGGCCAGGACAAUGAUACUAUUGACAUUUGGGGCAUUGACCCCUACUGGCAGGACGACGGUCGGGUCGUGCGCUGGGAUAUGUUUUGGAAUCUGCCGCAGGACUACUUUGACACCGAGACUCUGCUGCCGCUGGGCCUGUACUUCAAGAGCGAUGUCACGGGCCGUGAUCCCAGCCAGUGGGAACUCCAGGGUUGGCUAUAUAACAACAUCUUCUACGAGACCACUGAAGAGUUCCGUACCGCCUACUGGAACGGCUCGAUUGAGAAGCUCGGCGCCAAUGUUGAGGGUGACUGGGGCCGGACCGAUCCCAUUAAUGCCAAUAUGCCGUAUGAUUCGAGCUACCCUCCAGUCUCUAUUGCCCCGGCCGGCUCCCGUUACGGUGUCGAUAUUGAGCGCAAGUACGUCGAGUGGAUGGACUUUAGCUUCUAUGUCGGUUUCUCGCGAGAUGUCGGCAUGACUAUCUAUGACAUUAAGUAUAAGGGAGAGCGUUUGCUCUACGAGCUUGGUCUUCAAGAAGCCAUGGCCCAUUAUGCCGGUGGUGACCCCGUUCAGUCUGGCACAACCUAUCUUGAUACGUAUUACGGAUUCGGACCAUAUGCUUUUGAGCUGAUUCCCGGCUAUGACUGCCCCGAGUACGCAACCUUCCUUAACUCGACCUUUUACGUCGACGAGACCACCCAUACCCACCUCAACAGCAUCUGUCUGUUCGAGUUCACCUCGGACUACCCGAUCCAGCGCCACAGCAGCGGCGAGUACGUGACCGCCACCAAGGAGACGCACUUUAGCAUCCGCUCCGUGUCGACUGUGGGAAACUAUGAUUACAUGUUCACCUACAGCUUCAAGCUCGACGGCACCAUCUCGGCCGAGGUCCGCGCUUCUGGCUACAUCCAGUCGGCUUACUUCACCACCGGCUCCGACUUUGGUUUCAAGAUUCAGGAGAACCUAUCCGGUUCCAUGCACGAUCAUGUCCUCAAUUUCAAGGCAGACUUUGACAUCCUUGGAACGGCCAACUCGAUCCAAACCAUGACCAAUGUACCCGUAUCACGUGUCUUCCCCUGGUCCGGAGGCAAAGCCCGCAACACAAUGCAAGUGGUCCGCGAGUUCAUCGACACCGAGGACCAGGGACGCUUCAACUGGGCGCCCAACGUUGCGCAGCAGGUGCUCGUCGUCAACAAGGACGAGAAGAACCAGUGGGGCGAGUUACGGGGUUACCACGUGCUGCCCAUGUCGGGCGCCAUGCACCUCACGGUCCAAAACUCGAGCAAUCUGGCCGAGGCUGGACGCUGGGCCGAGUUUGACGUCCAGGUGACGCGCCAGCACGACUGGGAGCCGCGCGCCGCUCACCCCUACAACUCCCAGGAUGUCAAUGACCCGCCCAUCAACUUUGCCCGCUUCUUUGACGGCGAGUCUCUUGAUCAGGAGGAUAUCGUGCUCUGGCUAAACCUGGGUAUGCACCAUGUUCCUCAUACUGGUGAUUUGCCCAAUACCGUCUUCACCACCGCACAUGCUGGCGUGCAAUUUAUGCCCAGCAACUACUUUGACAUUGAUCAGAGUCGCCGCACAGUCAAUGCUGUACGUGUCAAUUACGAGAACGGUACCGCCACCGACGUCGAGACCUUUGGACAAAAAGACCAGUCGUGCUCGGUCGACUUUACUCCAGUCGAAUAUGAUCUAUGGGGUUACAAGGGCGACGUUGUCGUCAGGAAAUUUCCUUACGACCCCAACAACCCGUAUUAUGAGACUGAUGCCAUUGUCUAG